AAAUUUUCUAAAGAAAAAAGAAAUUAAAAGAAAGAUUAGAAAUUAUAUUAAAAUUGCUUCCCAACGGUUUUUCUUCCGUCCGAGCUCUCACGGAAAACACAUAACUCGCCAGACCACUUCUCUCCGAAUACCGUCAUGGAAGAACAGUCGUCGGCGGCAACUGGAGUUCAGUCUAUUCGCUGUAGAGCUGCUGUCUCCCGGAAGCCUGGUGAGCCACUAGUGAUUGAGGAGAUAAUAGUGGCACCGCCAAUGGCUCAUGAAGUUCGAAUCCGGAUAAUAUGUACCUCUUUGUGUCACAGUGAUAUCACCUUCUGGAAGUUGAAGGAUCCUCCGGGGAUUGUUCCUAGAAUUCUGGGCCACGAAGCUUUUGGAGUGGUUGAGAGUGUAGGGAAAGAUGUCUAUGAAGUUAAGGAAGGAGAUACUGUUAUCCCAAUAUUCUUGUCUAACUGUGGGGAGUGUACAGAUUGCUUAUCAGAGAAAAGCAAUCUCUGUUCUAAACUCUCUUUCAAGAUAGCUACGGGGAUGCCCCGCUGUGGGACAAGCAGAUUCACUGAUCUCAAUGGAGAGGUUCUUCAUCAUUUUCUGUUUGUAUCAAGUUUCAGCGAAUACACAGUGGUAGAUAUUGCCAAUGUACUAAAAGUAGAUCCUGCGAUACCUCCAAACAGGGCAUGCCUCCUUAGUUGUGGAGUAGCAACAGGAGUUGGUGCGGCAUGGAGAACAGCAAAUAUGGAGAAGGGAUCCACUGUUGCCAUUUUUGGACUGGGGUCCAUAGGUUUAGCUGUUGCUGAAGGAGCAAGACUAUGUGGAGCAAGCAGGAUCAUUGGGAUAGAUGUCCAACCAGAUAAAUUUGAAAUUGCAAAAAAGUUUGGGGUCACCGAGUUUGUAAAUUCUAGAAGCCUCGGGGAUAAAUCUUUGAGCCAGGUAAUCAAUGGAAUGACCGAUGGUGGUGCAGACUACUGCUUUGAAUGUGUUGGAAUGGCUUCCUUAGUUCAGGAAGCAUUUGCAUGCUGCAGACAGGGUUGGGGAAAAGCAAUCGUGUUAGGAGUGGACAAACCGGGCGCAAUUUUGAGUUUACGCUCUGCUGAUGUUCUUUUUCAUGGAAAGACUCUCAUGGGAUCGUUAUAUGGAGGAUUGAAGCCUAAAUCAGAUAUUCCAACUCUUCUUAAAUGGUACACUGAUAAGAAACUUGAGCUGGAUAAAUUUGUCACACAUGAAGUAGGUUUUGAAGAUAUUAAUGAAGCUUUCAAUUUGCUAAUUGAAGGAAAGUGCUUGAGAUGUGUGAUUUGGAUGAACAGAUUAUGAGCAGCCACCCCAUCAUCUCAUGGGUUGUGUCGUUACUUAUCAAUAAUUAUGUUUAUUUUAGAACCUUAAAAUGUACUUGUUUAUGUUAGAUACUCUACGUGUUCCUUUUGUUUCUAUCUUAAUCGUUUUGGAUUAAAAUUUA